UCAUUCCUACCUCUACUUCUCGCUUGGCAUUACCGAGCCCAGAAGUUGAGAUAUCUGCGCUUCCUCUAGACAAUACAGCCUCUGUUGGCGCUUCAUCUGCUCUCUCAGAACUUCUCACGAUGGAGCGGCCCAUUGAGAGAGCUCUAUUCUUCGUUCAAGGUAGGGUUGAAGAUCUGAUGUUGUCGAUGAAUAAGCACGAGCAAGUGAUGACUGUUCAAUGGUUAAGGCAAUAUUGGACGUUUGCGUUUCGAACAGCCAAGCACUGGGGAAGAGGACCUCGAGAAUGGACUGCUGAUACCCUUGGAUUUCAUGCCCAACCACAGCUAUCCUUGGAACGCUCUCACGUUCAAGCUGACCAGCAACAACAACCGUCUCAAUGUUGUCGAUGGAGUGUACACCUGGUCCCCGAAGAUUGGAAGGAAUUACCGUAUCCUGGGUCGCCAAUGUUCAUGACUCCAGACUACUGCGACGAAACCCCCUCGACAAGAUCGUUUGAAAAGCAAAUCUCAGAUCAUAAUGUCCCAGAUCCAGAAGAUCAAUCAACUUGGAGAAAUUGGCCAGAAGAGUUUCGAGCGGUGCCGUAUGAACAAAAACUGGCACAAGCUCUUGACCUUUUCUAGCACAAGGAAGUUCUGAAUUAUGUGACCACGAGAAAUUACGUCCGUUCGAAUUGGCACAGCGAAUUACUGAACGAGUUCAACUAGAUAUUUUUAAGAAGUGGUCCUCAUCAGCUCGAACUGGCUGGCUCGUGUUUUGUAGUGUAUUGCACUUGGCACAGGGUGACUGUACACAACAGGAUGAUGACUCGUGGCGAU